GCGAUAAGCGGCGUGCGCGGGCGCAGUGAGCGCGAUGGAAGAGCACCACACGGACGGAGUGGAAGCGUUAUUGACGGCGCUGGGCCCCUUCGGCUGGUGGCAACGCGGCGCUGUGCUGCUGCUGCUUCUGCCCAACUUGUUGGCGCCGAUGUACUCCCUCAAUUACGUCUUCGUCGCUGACCGUGUGCCCUUCAGGUGCCUGGUGCCAGAAUGCGAGGAGGCGCACAGCGCGCGGUUCUCCAACGCCACCGCGGCUCGGCUCGUUCAGAGCGACGCCUGCCGCCGCCCGGCACCGCGCCGCCCCGGCUUUCGUACCUGCGACCCAACCAACUUCGAUGCUGACCACAGCGUGCCUUGUGAACAGAUCCUCUAUGAAAAUCGAGAUACAGUAUUCGCCGAGUUCGAUUUGGCGUGCCGCGAGUGGCGGCGAACCCUGAUAGGCACAGUGCGCAACGCGGCCCUGCCGCUAGCUCUGCUGCUCACGGGCUACGUCUCAGACGGGUGGGGUCGCCGCACGGCGUUCUGCGUUUUCGGGGCGUUCGCAGGAGUGCUCGGACUCGUGAAGUCGUUCGCGCCAAACUACAAUUCGUACAUAGCCCUCGAGUUCCUCGAGGCGGCACUCGGCUACGGCUUCAACAGCGCCGCGUACGUGAUAAUGGUGGAGAUCGCCAGGCCGUCCCUUCGGGCGGUGUUCGCAUGCGCAACGGGCGUGGCAUACGGGCUAGGGGGCAUACUGUUCGCGGAGACGGCGAGGCGCAUCCCACAAUGGCGCAGUCUACUGCGCGUCGUAUACUCUCCCGCACUGGUGCUGCCCGCCUACUGGCUUUUAUUGGACGAAAGCGUACGCUGGCUGCAUGCGACCGGUCGUGCCGAUGAAGCGGCCGCCGUCGUCAGGAAAGCCGCUCGAUGGAAUAAGGUUGUUAUAGAUGAAAGUUUUAUUAACGAAUCGUUGACGUCGUCGGGAAAGACGGGCGGGACCAACGUAUGGAUCGCAAUAGGACAGGUGGUGCGAUCUCGUGCCUUGGUCCUUCGUCUACUGGCGUGCUGCAGUUGCUGGAUAAUGGCCGCCUUCAUCUACUACGGCCUCACCAUCAACUCUAUCGCACUAGCUGGAAAUAAAUACACUAACUUUGCCCUGAACAUGGCCAUGGAGGUCGCCGCGUCACUACUCAUCAUGAUGGCUCUGGAACGCAUCGGGCGAAAGAUCACGAUUUCCGUCGCUUUUUCGCUGUGCGGCUUUGCCGCUGUCCUUCCGUUCUUUAUAGGUCCGGGGAUGACCCAAAGAGUGAUGCACUUCGUGGGCAAGCUGGCGAUCACGUUCGCUUUCAACUCACUCUACGUCUUUACGGCGGAGCUGUUCCCGACGGACGCGCGCUCGUCUUCUCUAGCGGCCGCGUCUCUCGUCGGUCGAAUCGGCUCAGUGCUAGCGCCACAGACCCCGCUGCUAAGUGCGAACGCUCAAGCCGCGGCAUACGGUGGGGCGGCGGCUGUCGGUGCACUAGCGGCGGCGCUGAUGCCAGAGACGCGACGCACUCCUCUGCCACAGCGCGCUCGCGACGCCGAGGAACUGCGGUGCUACCCUCCGCCACCCGUCCCGAUGCGCCCACCUCUGCGCAGCGUCGCACCCCAAGCACCUCCCGGCCCUGCGCUGACCAGGAUAAUGUGCCCGAGUAUUUGAAGUGUAAAUCGUACGUCGUAGUUCGUCUCUAUUUAUAUUAGUAAUACUAUUACCUCAGUUGAGUCACAAUUUAAACUUAGAGCCAACUCUCGAAUGGCGUCGUGUUUUUUAUUUCUAUUUUUAUAAUCAUGGUGACUGAAAUCCCAUAGAAUACGAUAAGUUUAAAUCGUUUGAAUAAAUUUAGUUAUGUUUUCAUUCGUCUAAUUCCUAUUUUAGGUAAUAUAUUCCUGAUCAUUUAAAAAAUUACUAGACGUUUUCGUGUUUGGUAGCGGAAGCAAGACUGAGUUCGCGAACGACGGGUGUGUCCGCGUCGAUACGAGUCCACUACGAGUGUCCUUUCAAAAAAACGGCAAAAUUUUCCACAUUACCUUUAAUUCGAUAAUUAUUAUUAAAACAUAGCAGUCUUACAAUUGUACGUACAAGUAAUACCGAAAUAAUUCCAUGUUGUCUCUAUGUUUACACAAAGUAUUUUAUAUAAUAUAUACAUCACAAUGUUAAUAUAGAGGACACCUCAAAUCCCUGCAGACUGUUGUCAUGGCUCGAUGUUUGAUCCUUGAUACAAAAUAAAUGACUUAUCAAAUCUUUACUAGGACUGAGCACACGUGGUUGUCUUUUAAAAUGUCGCAGAAUUGAAUUCAGUUAUUAAAUAAAAUAAUAAUAAAUUGUAUACGAAAAUGUAGACGAAUAUUAACAUCGAAGUCUAUCGGAUUUUGCAUUCACCAGGACCGAGAGUUGUGGUGGCCAAACGUUUUCCGAAAUGUUAAAUGUUGAUUAAAGAGUAAUCAACAUUUAACAUUCAUCAUUCUUCAUUUGAUUCUCCGCCGUAUUACCGUUCACAAAUUGAACGUCUAAAUCU